UCUAUAUAGCAACGCAUCAUAAAUGUAAAUAACGCUUAAAUAUUUUUUUUAACAGUAAAUGUAAAGCAAAUUAAAUUUACAAAUAACAAUUUUAUAUAUAAUAAAUUACAAAAUGAUGUCACAACAAUCGAUUGAUUUAAGCCAAGCCAAACUAUUAAACAAUAAUAAGAAUGUUAUUAAGAACAAACGGAAGAAGAAAAGAAAAUGUGUGUGUUGUUCGAGGAUAUUACGUCCUGACGAAUCUUUGGAAAAAAUCGUGGCUAAUGAGAGGAUGAUAUUCCUAUCCUCGGUUUACCCUCCAGUCAUCAUUGGCCACAACAACUGCAUUCAAUCUCCGACCACUACACCCAAGCACAAGGGAUUUUUGUCAGAGAUGGAAAAUUAUAGUAUAAAGUGGACCCCUGGUGCCGUAACUAAAUAUGUGGCCGUAUUGAUGGAACAAACAAAAGCAGGAACUCUUGGACCAUUACCCGGGAGGAUAAGAAAUAAUAGGAGGAUACUAGAUUAGUCAGCGACAAUCUAGGAAGAAAUUAAAAUCGGAUUGAACCACCCCGGUAGUGAUGCUGAUUGCUAUAAGUCAAGAAAAAACUUGAAACCAUAUAGGGAUAUGAACAAACAACGUCGGGAUCUUGUAUAACUACGCUUAAAGAGUUGCAGCUUCAAAAACGAAUGUGUAGGUCACCAAAAAAAACGCGGAAUGUAGUACCGGUGGAACGUGUGAUACGUUUCAAUAUGUAAUAAAAGGAAGCAAUUCCUGGAUUUUUGUUUAAUUUUAUCAAUAAAAAAUUACCUAUAUUACAUAUAAUUUUAUUUAAA